GGCCGUACUGUGCCGGGCCCGCCCGCAGCCGCCGCCGCCCCGGGGUGGGAGGGAGGCUUCGGAAACAGCUACUGGGGCCAGAGCUCGUUCUCAUUUAGGAGAGAGACCGUGUAUCAGCGUUGCAUCGCGUGGUGAACCCAAAAAGGCCAGACACUACUUUAUGCAUCUCUUCGCUUGCUUUUCAUAAAGGAAACAACUGGCUUAUCUUACUUGCUCACGUGACCAUUGAUCAGAAAGUCAGCUGUGCGCUCAGUCACAGGAGAAGAGAGAUCUGUGCUCUGGAGGGGCUGUGGAGAAUGCAAGUUUCCAGCUACUUGUGCCACUGAAGACUCUGUAAAGCUCCUGUUUUACUCAAGUGAGUCUGUUGGGGAGAGAAACAGGAGAUUUAUUAAAACCACUUCAAGCUGCAGACAAGUGCUCCUGAGUCUACCUCUUCUGUCCCAAGAUGCUGAGAAGAGUCCUGUGUACAGUGUUGUUGGUGGGAGCCUUGCCAUCACUGGCUGAAGUGUCCCAGGGCCACAUCUCAGUGAUCUUACUGGGAGCCACAGGUGAUUUGGCCAAGAAGUAUUUGUGGCAGGGUCUAUUCCAACUCUACAUAGACCAAGUGAGCAGUGGCCACAGCUUCACCUUUCAUGGGGCUGCACUGACAGCUCUGGAGCCAGGGCAGAGGCUGAUGUUUGAUGUGCUGAAGAAGCUGGCCUGUCCCCCUGAUGAACCUCCCAACAGAUGUGCUGUGCUCAAGGACCAAUUCCUGAAGCUGAGCCAAUACCACCAGCUCAAGACUGCCGAAAACUACACUGUGCUGAACAGAGAGAUUGAGACACUGCUUCGCCAGGAGGGGCUGAAGGAGGCUGGAAGGAUCUUCUACUUCUCAGUACCACCAUUUGCCUACACAGAGAUUGCCCGCCACAUCAACAGCAGCUGCAGACCCCCUCCAGGAGCCUGGUUGCGUGUGGUGCUGGAGAAACCUUUUGGCCAUGACCUGGAGUCAGCCCAGCAGCUGGCUGCAGAGCUGUCCAGCUUCUUCAAGGAAGAGGAGAUGUACCGGGUGGACCACUACCUUGGCAAACAGGCUGUAGCCCAUAUCCUGCCUUUUCGAGAUCAGAACCGACAGUUUCUGGAUCCAAUUUGGAACCGACACCAUGUGGAAAGAGUGGAGAUUGUCCUGAAAGAAACUGUGGAUGCUAAAGGCCGCAUCAGCUUCUAUGAGCAGUAUGGAGUCAUCCGGGACGUGCUUCAGAACCACCUCACAGAGGCCCUGAUGUUCCUAACCAUGGAGCUCCCAGCCAACGUGAGCAGGACUGAAGAGGUUUUGCAAUGCAAGCUGCAGGCCUUCCAGUCCUUGCAGGGCCUGGAGAAAACCAGUGCUGUGUUGGGUCAGUAUCAGGCAUAUGCCAGCCAAGUACAGGAGGAACUGCAGAAGGCACAAGACUACAUCAGCACAACACCAACCUUUGCAGGUGUGCUGAUUCACAGUGACAGCCUGCGCUGGGAAGGGGUCCCUUUCCUUCUCACUUCUGGGAAAGCUCUGGAUGAACGGGUAGGUUAUGUCCGUGUUCUCUUCAAGAACCGGGCCUACUGCACUCAGAGAGAGACUCUGAGGAAUGCAGGGCACAGCCAGUGUAAAGCCAAGCAGAUCAUCUUCUACAUUGGGCAUGGUCCCCUCAACAUCCCCACGGUGCUGGUGAGCAGGAACCUCUUCAGGCCUGUCAUGCCAGAAGGCACUUGGAGAGAAGUAUUGGGUCAGUCAGACCUGCGUAUUUUUGGACAACCAUUGUCUGAUUACUAUGUGUACAGCCCCGUGAAAGAGAGAGAUGCAUAUUCUGUCCUCAUCUCCAACAUCUAUCAUGGCAGGAAGGACUUCUUCAUUACCACUGAGAACCUGCUGGCCUCCUGGGCAUUCUGGACACCCUUGCUGGACAGCAUCUCCCACCAGCCCCUGCGCAUCUACCCUGGGGGUGUGGAGAACCAGAACCUCUUAGACUUUGAAAUGCUGAGUGGGGAACUGGCAUUCACACUGGCAGAGCCAGUGGAGCUGCUGAACCCCAACAAGCUGAUGCCAAGCGAUUACAGGACGAUCCAGUCCAAAUAUCGGCAAAAUCCCCUGGUCUCUGCAUGGUCUGAGGACCUGAUUUCCCAGCUGGCUUCUGACAUUGAGAAGACAGCAAGCAGGACUGUGGCACACACUGGGCAGUUCCACCUGGCCCUCUCAGGUGGCUCAAGCCCAGUGGUCCUAUUCCAGCGGCUGGCAAGACACCAUUAUGCCUUCCCAUGGAAGCACACCCACAUCUGGCUGGUGGAUGAACGCUGUGUCCCUUUCACUGACGCCGCGUCCAACUUCUUCACCUUGCACAAGCACCUCCUCCAGAGUGUCCGGGUGCCCUACUUCAACGUCCACCCCAUGCCUGUGCACCUGAACCAGCGGCUCUGCGUGGAAGAGGACAGAGGCACCGAGCUGUAUGCCAAGGAGAUCAUGGCCCUGGUAGCCAAUGCCAGCUUUGACCUGGUGCUGCUGGGGGUGGGCACUGAUGGACACACUGCCUCACUCUUCCCUCACUCUGAAAAUGGUUUGGAAGGGGCUCAGACUGUGGUGCUGACUGAAAGCCCUUUCAAACCUCACCAAAGGAUGAGCCUUAGCCUACACCUCAUCAAUAAGGCCAAGCAGGUGUUUGUCCUGGUUUUGGGGAAGGGCAAGCAUGACAUCACCACCCUGCUCAGCAGAGUGGGCCAUGAGCCAAGGAAAUGGCCUGUCUCAGGUGUCAGCCCCAGCUCUGGCCAGCUGGUGUGGUACAUGGAUUAUGAAGCUCUGCUUGGGUGAUGCCUUCACAGUGUGCUGCCUCCUUCUCUGCCUGACCCUCACAGCCUGGAUUUUCCUACACAAUGUCCAUGUUUUUCUGUUGCCAGCAGCAGCUUCAUCUCUGACAGACUCCUCUAACCUUCUGGGAAGUCCAUGGCCUGCAGCCCCUCUGACAUUUGAGCCCGGAAAGAAGCUCAGCUCAGUGUUCAGAGCUAAGUAGGAGCCAAGAGCCCAGCACAGUGUUUCUGGCUCUGCUGGGGAUUCUGACUGUGACUUUGGAUACAUUACCUCACCUUGAAGCACCUCAAUUUUCCCUAUCAGGCCUUUGUGGUUAUUAGCAUUUAACUACCUCGCAGGCAUUACAGGAGACUUCUUAAAUUAAGUACCUGCCAUAUUUUUUUAAUAUAUAUAUGUUUUUUUUAUUCUCAGGCUAAAAGACAGUAAUAACAUGUUCAUCCUCUGCCCUGCUCAGUCUGGCUGUGAUGGUGUAAUUGUCUCUGUAAAAUGAAGGUUCUGUGCACAUGGGGCUGAAGUGUCACAUCCUGGUGUCAGGCAGCCAUGGCCGUGCUCUCCUGGAAGCACAGACACCCCUUUGCUUUUGUGGCAUGUGGCCCCUAAAUGCUGACACUGAUUUGUGAGCUCACUGCAGUCCUGAGUCUUUGCAAAUUGCCCAGCAGCAGAGGCUGGGUUUAUAAGCAGUAAUUUGCUGCUUUCAUUAAGUGGAUAGCUGAGACCAUGGGGGAUGAAGAAGGAAGACACAUUGUGAUUUAGGCUGUUGGAAUAAUGGGGACAGGGUGAGGAAUAUGGCAGUGCUGUUAUUUGCCUGCAGUGCAAUAAUUAUUGAGGGAAGAGCUUGAUGUUCAGAGGAGUUGUUUGGGUUUAGCCAGCAAAGAAAUGUUUUCUUUAAUGGUCUUUGUCUCAUUCUCUGAGAGGAACUUUUCUCUGUCCUCAGAAUUGGAGCUUGCAGUCUCGUUCAGUGGCUUAUAAAAUUUCCAAGGGAGGCAGCUUUAUACUCUACCAACAUAUCCAUCAUUACAGCACACAUUAAGGUAGUUACAGUGUCUGCAGAUGGUGUGGGGGCAUUUGAACUCAAGGACACUGAUUAGGUGGGGAGGGAAUUUUCUCUGUGCGUAUCUCUUGGGCACACAGAACUAGCAAAUUGCAUUUCUGUGUUGGCAGGACAUCCAGUCCUACCUAGAGACCCUCCUCUCCCCUUUCUAAUUCUCACCUUCCCAGACUAAUGCCAUGCACAACGAGUGUCUCUCUGCGUUCAUGAUUCCCCCAAAUGCUCUGUCAUCUCUUCUCAUGGGUAGUUUCCCAAAGCACUGCACCAGAGUGCAGCUUCUGAUAAAGAAAUCAAAACAGCACAGGGUGGGAGGAUGUGGGCUGAUGGUCCACAUGGAGGCUAGAGACAAACCCCUGCAGCUGGGGUGGCACCAGGAUGGCACAGACCCACAGCAAGAAGCCAGAACAUGGAUGUGGUACUGGCUGCCAGCAGGGAGGAUUCUGCAUAGGAACAGAGGCCACUUUCAAGGCGGUUUUUCUCUUCUUCCUAUGAAUGCUGGCUCUGCUUCUGCAGAGAAAUAUCUGUGUUGGGGGUGUCUGGGGGAAGAUGAUGGGUCUGAGGUGACCCAGGGAGCGAGUGUUGGUGAGGGGCCUCUGAUGCUGACAGGAGGUGGCGCCAGGACCCCGAGCAGCAGCAGAAAGUUGUGUGCUCUUCUUUCAGCAGGGCUGGUCUGAGGCUGUGCCAGGCUUGGCCACCCUUCACAGCCUCACAACUGAAAAACAGGAUCCUCAGGAGCUGGACCUGAGAGACUGGUGAGCCCUUAGGGACCUGGGAGUCUGCAGGACAGGGGAGGAGGGAGACUUCUUUUUCUAAAAGUGGGCAAUAGGCAUUGGCUUCAAAUCCUUCCCUGCACAGGGAUCUGCUGGAUCCUAGCAAUGGAGAUGCAAAUCCAGGAACAAUGAGGUGCUAUGGUCUGGAAGCAGGUGAAGCAAGGUGGGCAGGUCUGGACAGCCUGUGUGUCCAGGUUCUCAAGUUGUUGCCUUUCAGCAUAAUGCUUAUCUGAAUACAGAAAUCAGAAUUGUUGCCUCUGCUAAUGCCCUGAGCAAGCUCUAGAGAGCCUGUCACUCAUCAGCAGUCCCUGGGCAAACAGUUCCUGGGAGAACAUGACCUGGCAGCAGGAAAAGGCCACAUUCUCAGGGACUGGCUGUGAUUUUUGGCAGACACCCUCCCCACCAUGCAGAUGGUCCAGAGAAGCUGCAGUUCACCUGUGUGUGGCUGAGCUGAACUGAUGAGCAUCACUUGGCUUUUACCUGGUGAAGGAGGGGAGCUCUGGUGGUGUAGCUUUCUCAAAAGCUCAAGGGCAGAAGAGACACAAGUGCCUUGACUGCUCUGGUCUGACAACUGGGAUGGCUGGUUAUCCAUCUUUUAUCCAUCUGGCUCCUAUCUGCUCAUGGCUACAGGCAGGCUUAACUACCAGCACGAAGGGUGAAAAUAAAUCCCAGGGGAAGAGAGUAGUGUAGAAAAGCAGGAGGAAGGUGAGCCCUGCUAGUUUCUUGCUGCGGGACUUGCUUGUCAAGUGGAUUUGCUGACAGUGGAGUCUGGAAUAAGAGCUUAGGAGUUAACUGGAAUAACUCUUCUGGAAUAACUCUUUUCAUCGAUGAGUGCUAGCAAACCCUGAUUCCAAAGUAUACCAGUGGCUGAUACAGCUGCACAGAGGAUGUUUUAGGUCUGGUAUGUCCAUAAAUCCAAACAUAAUAUUUUUUCUCUUUAAACAAAAAUAGCCAUGUGAACUUCAUUCCAGUUCUUCUUUUGUAUUUGGUGCAAGGGAACCAGUUUUAAUUAAAAAAUUGACCUAUCUGAGAAUAAAUAUAUUGUUAUGAAUGUCAGAAUUUAUUACUACUGUACAGAUGACUGUGGCAUUGGUGCUUUCUUAUUUCUGCACACUUUCUUGUUAAUAUUUGGCUGGCACCUUUUGAAAUAAACACUGAUGGUAGAGAGGUUUAUUUGCACUUUUAAAUAAGCAAGUGUUUGUUUUGGUUUAUGUUAUGUGGGGUUUGUUUGUUUGUUUCCCCAGACAGCAGCUGUUCAUUCCAGCUGAAAAUAGGGUUCAUUUGCAAAGUCUCUAAUGGGUCACCCAAAAAUUAAUCCUUGAUCUUGUUAAAAUCCUGUCAGGGAUUACCCAUGUUUUCCUCAGUGAACGUAGCUGUCUGGGUUGUUUGGGGUUUUUACUUAGAACUGUGUUUUCUUUCUACACAGACAAUUCCUGUUAAAUUCUGUAAUACUGAGCAUUUGCCAAGUGAAAAAUAAAUAUUUUAGAACACAUAAAAUUUGUGACUGGCAAGGGAAAGACUGCGGAUGGGAAGAAGGGUUAAACGAGCAAUAAAUCUGAUGAGGAAGAAUGACAGAAAUCCACUGGGCUAUAGGCCAAGGAAGCAGUGCUAUUUUUAUUUUGUGAAAGCUAUUAAUAGGAGGUGUGCACCUUCUUGAGAGCUUGUAUUAACCUUUCCUUGCAAAAGCAACUCUGUGGAGCACCUUCUUACAGUCUGUUUCUUCCAGCAGUGAUUAUUGAUACCAAUUUUAUUAUUUUUUUUAAUGGCAAGGGCAUUCCUAAAAUUCAAUGGUGUGAUUAUUUGUAUGUUUUACAGAAAACUAACACUGGAAGUAAUGAAUUUUUCACUUCAACUUUUAUAAAAUCAAGUUGUAAAAUGUUAUUUUCCCAUGAGUAAAGUUUUCUGGUUCCUUUCAUGUUGUGUAAUGAAUAAGAGAAUUAUAUUUAUUAAAAAAAAAAUAAAUAACAAAA